GAAGAACAAACUCUAAUAGAAGAAGAAGAAAAACUGUUUCGGUGGCGGUUUAAAUCGAAGGUUGAAAUGGAGACGAUGUUCAGUAAAGUUGUCCAAGUCAACGUCAGGUGCAGAGACUGCGAGGAAAGAAAAGCACAUAUUCGUGUCGCUGUUGAGCUUCAAUCAAGCAAAAGUGCAGUUCACAAACGAGAUCUUCUGGUGAGAUUAACCGACGAUGUGGAUCCAUCUUUUCUCUUCAGCCUCAUUAUUUCAGAGGAGGAUUUUCAAAGUUUGAAAGUGCAGCAGGGACUUCUCAUUGAUUUUUCAUCAUUUCCCGAAAAGCUGACCGAGCUUCUUAAUCUGUGUCAGUCUGAGCAGCAAUCCAGCCAUCCAAGGUUCCAGCUGCUCUUGUCAUGUGACUCUGCCUUGCUUGAAGGCCUCGUCCACUUAAGUGUGGUGGAGACAAAUUCCUUCAGAAACCUGAACCACCUAUCUCUGAGGCUUACUCAGGGCUCUGACAAACACAUCAAGGACUAUCUGGCCGAGUGUCUGUCUUCUGUCAAGGUGGAAAAACAAGCCCUGGAGGUGAAACUUCAAAAAACUGAAGAGGAUCUGUCCAGACAGCUGAAUUACGCUCAGCAGACUUUGUCAGAGAAGACCAAAGAGUUGGACAAGCUGCAUUCAGAAUGGACUCUUCAAACCAGCUCGUUGUCCAGCCGUCAUUCAAACGAGCUGCGGACCGAGAGGGAGAAGAAUGCGGAGUUACAGAGCCGACUGCAGCAGGAGAUGCAGAAGCUUCGCCACGACCUGGAGAGCGCUCACCAGGAGAGCAGCCAGCAGCUUCAGACCAUCAGAGACCUCAAGACAAAGCUGGCGGGUGUGGAGGAGGAGUGCCAGCGCUCUAAGCAGCAGGUUGUGUCUCUGAGGAGGGACAACAGCUCUCUCGACACAGCCCUCCACGAGAAGGAGCGUCUGUCCAACCAGCUCCAGAUAAGAGUGGCUGUGUUGGAGCAGGAAGUCAAGGACAAGGAUCAGCUGAUGAACCACACCAGGGAGGUGCACCAGCAGCAGAAGGAAUCUGUGAAAGAAAAGGCAGAAACAAAAGAACUUGAGGUCCGAAAACUUGAGGCAGAGGUUAAGUUUUUGUCUGACGAUUUGAAAAAGGCCAUUGAGAUCAUCAAGAAGUUUCAGGGUGAGUUGCGAGCUUGUUCGGACAAGAACAAGGCCCAGUACACGGCACUGGUGGCCCAGAAGAAGGUCGUUCAGGAGACCUCAGCCAAACUUGAGCGUGCUCAUGAGGACUUCCACAAGACUCAGCAGCAGCUCUCCAACAAAGACCAGCAGGUGGAGAAGCUGACGGGGCAGGUGGAGAAGCUGACGGAGCAGCUGGAGGACAGCCUAAAGAAGCUCAGUGAGACCAAAGACUUGUUACAAAGCAACGAGAACGUCAUUAUUUGGCUGAACAAGCAGCUCAAUGAGAAGGAGCUUUCCAAGAAGCCGCUUCUUCCACAAGCUUUGGAGAGCACAUCUGUGUUGUCCUCGGCUGGACUUCGGACGCACUUUUAUCCACAGGCCGCCAAAACGUCUCCGUCUCCUGUGGUGGCUCCUGACCUCACCCCAGUUCCCAAGCACACCAGCGAAUCUGUCGGUCUGGACCCCAAAUACUUGGGGAGGCAAGCCGACAGCAUUCCUGUCUACGGCCUUCCUGCAGGUCUGCUUCCCAGAGAGAUCCCACCUCCACGCAGCAAACCGCCCGUGCCCUCAGCCUAUUUUCCUAAUUAAAAAUGUCUUUCUUGCACUCUUAUUUAUUAUAUUCUAUGUUGUAAAUAUAUGAACAGUACUGUAUGUUGUGAUAUUUUACAGACAUCUGAACCAGAGUUAAAGCUUCUUUAAAUCUCAUUGUUCAUAGUGACAAUAAA